AUGAAGUUUUCCAUGCUUGCGGUUUUAGCCGCCUCCUUCAUGGCUUCAAACACCAUGGCCCAGACAGAUGCAGAAGCCGCAGCUGCAGCACUGGCCAUGGCGAAGAAGUUAUACCCGGCAUGUGCACUCGUCUGCUUGACUGAGCUUGUCCCAACAUCAGGUUGUUCACUCACGGACACGACUUGCCUUUGCACGAACGAGGCCCUGAAUGCCAACCUGAGUGUCUGUGUCUUGCAAGGUUGCAACUAUGAGGACGCCCUGAAAACUAAGAAUGGCUCCGCUACCAUGUGCGGUCUUCCCGUGCGAGACGAGAGCUUGAAGCCACCCCUCGUUGCAGGUGUUGGUUUUGCUCUUGCACUUGUCUUUUUCAUCCUGCGUCUUUGUUCUGCCCUGCCUGGUUUUGGUCGAGAGCUUGGCUGGGAUGACUGGACAAUCAUUGCAUGUGUUAUUCUCACCGUCCCGCCGACUGUUUUCGCGUUUACUUUGGUCGACAAUGGCUUGGGCAAGGACAUGUGGACUCUUCCGUUGAAGAACAUUGAGAACGUGCUUGAGUACUAUUUCCUUGGCGAGCUGUUCUACUUCCUAGCACAGGCUAUGAACAAGCUGUCAAUCCUCUUCUUUUUGAACCGCAUCUUCCAGCAUAACAAUCUCAGCAAGGCCAUUUGGGUCACCAUGGGUCUUGUUCUCGCUUAUGCUGCGGCCUUUUUCUUCGCGACACUGUUCCAGUGUUGGCCUAUCAACCACGCUUGGCUGCAGCUGGAAGAGAAGCAUCUCGGUCGCUGCAACAACAUCCACCUUCAGGGUUGGCUGAGUGCAGCAUUCAACAUCGUAUUGGACGUUAUCAUUCUGGUACUUCCUCUGCAUCAACUUUAUCUUCUGCAGAUGCCUCUGAAGAAGAAGUUAAUGGUUAUGGUUGUGUUUUCUUUGGGAAUCUUUGUCACGAUUGCGAGUGUCAUUCGUCUUCGCACUCUCGUAGUCUUCGCCAACAGCACCAACAUCACCUACGAUUAUGUGGAUGCCGCUUACUGGAGUACCAUUGAGCUGUACGCCGGGAUUAUCACAGCAUCCCUUCCUGCCGUCUACAAGUUCCUCUCCGGACUUACAGCUAAGAGCGCCACAUUUACGACCAUCAAAUCAAAGCUGUCUGGGGCAUCCUCAGGAUCUGGUGCGACGGACUCAACGGGCAACACGCUGGGUUCAAACGCCAUCGCUCGCCGGCUGACACCAAAGCGUUCCGAAGCGGAGUUUGUUUUAUUGACAGACGUGGAAAGUGGAAAGAGUCAGAGAUGGAACUAA